GCGAUGCGUAUCAAUAGUCUCCGGUUCACCAGUCUUGUCUUGAGCCUGACAUCGGCGUUGACGGCCAUCUUCGCUCGUCAGUGGCUUCGAGAGUACGUGCCUUGGCAGUUAUCUCUUCCCAAGGACAAGCAGCUGUCUUCGCCACGGGAGAGUGUUCGCCUCCGUCAGUUUCGCCACAACGGCCUCGUGCGCUGGCGUGUACCGGCUGUGAUGAAUGCCAUCUCUAUCUUGCUCCAGAUGGCUGUUGUCCUAUUUCUAGCGGGUCUUGUGGACUUCAUCUGGACGCUCAACCGAAUCGUGGCUAUCACUAUCACGGUCUUCAUUGCCGUACCUCUGGUUCUGCUGUUGAGCUCUGCGAUAGUUCCG